CUCCUAUUUUCGGUUGAUAUAUUCUUGAUCUCUUUCAUCUUCUCGUUAUCCUACAACUUCUUCCCUUCCCUCAGUUCGUUUCACCUCUGCAUCUAGUCGGGUUGGGCUUCUGAGCUAUCAUUUUCUAUACAUCUUGGCAUAUGGUGCUCUUUGCUAUACAUAUCUUUACUUGAGAAAGGAAUUUUCCGCUGCGAACCGCGCAUAUGAUUGCGUUACAAAAUCACGCUAUCUUGCCUCCUCCCGCCAAAGUGGAUAUCUCACUGCUGCUGAAGCCUCAGGAUGAAGAGGAAGCCGCCUCGGUGACUACAGCGCCUAGCUACCAACCCAGCGCAAUCCCACCACCCUCGGUGGCACCGACGUUGCCAGUGGCUGCCCCAGCGUCGUUGUCCUCGGUCCCUCCAGUGCCCCAGCUUACGUCCAAGAUCCCGGCUACGGUGCCUGCCAAGCGCCUUCAACCUGCCCACACAGCAGAGUCGCCGGCUAAGAAGCAAUCCAAGUGGUCCCCGGAGGAAGAUGCCCUGAUUAUUGAGCUACGAGGGAGUGGCAUGAAAUGGGAGGAUAUUAGCAAACGGCUUCCUGGCCGAAGUGCCAUCAGUUGCCGUCUACAUUAUCAAAAUUAUUUAGAACGCAGAAGUGAGUGGGAUGAGGACAAGAAGAACAAACUUGCGAGGUUAUAUGAAAGAUUCAAGGCAGAGAUGUGGUCAAAGGUAGCAGAGGAGAUGGCCAUUCCGUGGAGGGCUGCAGAAGCCAUGCACUGGCAACUGGGAGAACAGGAAAUGGCGCGUCGAGCGGGAGUAGUCCCAUUCUCAUUAUCAAGUACCGCCAUAGAUCCACCAGCGCCCCGAACUCGCAGAGCCAGCACGUCUCUAGCUCGACCGAGAAAAGGAUCGACAUCUCGUCCAAUCCCUCCUCCGCCGCAACUUCCUUCGGUGGAAGAACUUACCGCUGGAGUUCCUGCAUUUGCACCGCACCCAACUUUUCCGGCUCCUCGCGAACCCUAUAGAUUGGGGCGACCCUUGGACCUGGGUGGUCACAGUGGUCAUUUGGGACCCAACCUCGGUCUGCCCCCUCGAACCCUCCCGUAGAGGGUAUGAAGAAAACGAUGUCUAUGCCUGUGUGUUUUGCGUUAUUACGAAUUGCAUAGCGCUGGUUGGAGGUAUAUCUUCUUCACUCAUGGGAGGGCUUGUCAUAUAAGAGCUCUUCCGAGUGCGUGUGUGCGCGUUUUUCAUUAUCCUCAUCUGGCUUUGAUCUUGCUACACAUGAAAAGGCACCUUCGA